ACUCUGUCCUUCACGUGACCUUUAGCGGAAGAAACCCACGUGCGUCGCUAGUGUCGUAAACACUCGCUUCAUAACAAAACGGCAAAGGCGCCUGGCACGCUGUUAUAGCUGGGAUUUUUUAUUUUACAAUUUCUUUUUACAAUGUCGAGGAGAGUUCUAUAUCCUUUGUAUCAAUUCGGGAACCCACAGCUGAGGAUCUUCCGGCCCAACUUCUUUCUUACCCUUGUGAGACCUGGCAAGGAACAGCCUCCUGACACCGUGCAGUUUCGGAUCCCGAUGGAGAUGACCAAGUGUGACGUGAAGAACUACCUGGAGAAGAUCUACAGUGCGCCGGUGGCUGCUGUACGGACCAGGAUACAGUACUGCACCAACAAGAAGAGGAAUCACUUAAAUCAACGGGUGAAGAGGCCAGAUUACAAAGCAGCGUACGUCCAGUUGGCCCAGCAGCAGACGUUUCAGUUCCCGGACAUCUUUCCCAAAAAAGAUGGCGAGCCAGAGGAGGGUUCAAUGGAGGCCAUUCAGGAGAAGUUCAUGAAGGACGAGCAGCAGCGGCAAAAGCCGGACCCCAGGCGGGGUGGGGUGCCGGAGUGGUUUGGGAUCUAGGGAGCCGUGUCUGUUUGCUGUCGGACAGGCAGGCGGAGAAGUACAGCUGUGAGAAGACAGAGGCCCGGGUCUGUAUUUCUGCACGUCGCCCCCUUGAGUCCUGGAGGUUUCACCAACCAGAAAAGUGGCCCAAAGUGCAUCUGUCACCUCAGCUGACCCUCCGAGUAACCACUGCAGUCCACAGGCCACAUAUCAAGCUUUGCAUCUCUGCCACAGUUUGCGGCCAAAUUCCAGGCCAUUUAAUUUAAAUCAGCCUCCUUUGUCUGAGCUUGGGAGUGUGUGUGUCCUGUGUGUGUGUGUGUGUGUGUGUGUGUGUGUGUGUGUGUGUGU